AUGAUAGCAGCAUUCGCUACCAUCUUAACUGUGAUAUUGAAUGCGUUUGUAUAUUAUUAUCCUGAUAUCUUAAACUCCACUGAUCAAUGUAAUUGGCAUAAAUUUGAAGAUAAUAAUGGUAUAUCAAAACGAUUAUUAAGUCACCAUGAAAUCUUAAACAUCGUGUUACCAGAAUGGUUAUCAGAUAAAUUAUUAUUAAACUUACCUCAUAUUCAAGAUUUAACUGAAAAGCAUACGGAAUCAGCUUUUGACAAUCUUGAUCAUGUUAAAGAUCUUCAUUUCUUAAUGUUUGGUGAUCCUCAAAUCAAUGGGAAUUGGAAACUGACUCCUUAUAUCAAAAGAUUAGAUAAUUAUGGUAAUGAUUUCUAUUUAGGUCAUAUUUAUUCAACUAUGCAAAAUCGUUUAAAACCAAGUCAUGUGGCAGUAAUGGGAGAUUUAUUCUCAUCCCAAUGGAUUCUUGAUUCCGAAUUUUAUAAUAGAACCAAUCGAUUUGUGGAAAGAUUAUUCACUCGUCCAUUGGAAUAUAAACAAAAUGUAGUGGAUACUUUCAAGAAACAUGAGGAUUAUGAUUGGAAACAUUGGUUAGAUGAAGAAGUUAAAAUGGAUCCAAUUGAUAGAUUUAAUUCGAGAGUUUAUAGUGAUGUUUAUGAUUGGUUUAAUCUUACUUCCAAAGCUCCUAAUUUCAAAAAUCCAUUGUUUGUAAAUUUAACUGGUAAUCAUGAUAUUGGUUAUAGUGGUGAUGCUACUUGGCAACAUAUGGCUCGUUUCCAUCAUUUAUUUGGUCAAAAUAAUUAUGUUAUCAAUUAUAAUAAAGGUAAACCAGAAGAAUGGAGAUUGGUUAUAUUAGAUUCAUUAACUUUAGAAGGUCCAGCUUUACAAGAAGAAUUUGUUAAUUAUACAUGGUCAUUUUUAGAAAAUUUAAAAACUUUAGAAAAUCCAAACUUUAAAGGUUCAACUAUUUUAUUAACUCAUAUUCCAUUUUAUAAACGUGAAGGUUUGUGUAGAGAUGGUCCUGAUCAUAGAUAUUAUGAAAAUUAUGAAAAGGAACCUUAUAAGAAUGGGAAAUUGAGAUCUCAAAAUCAUUUAUCUUAUGAAGUUAGUCAAAAAGUUUUAAAUAUUGUUUUCCCAAAUGCUGAUAAAGAAGGUAUUAUCUUAACUGGUCAUGAUCAUGAAGGUUGUGAUGAUUAUUAUAAUUCAAUCAAUGGAGAAUGGGUAGCAUCUAAGGAAAAGAUUAAUACUGAAUCUCAACCAAUUAGAGAAGUAGUAGUAAGAUCAAUGAUGGGAGAUUUUGAUGGUCAAACUGGGAUUUUAACCGGUCAUUAUAAUUAUGAUGCAAAAUUUUGGCAAUUUGAAUUCUCAUAUUGUUCAUUCACAAUUCAACAUUGGUGGUGGGCAAGUAAAAUAAGUCUUGGAGUUACUGUAUUUUUAACUUCUUCCCUUUGGUUCUUAUGA